UUUGGGAGACCGGCAGGAGGCGCGUCUUGGCUGCCGUCUAACGGCGCCUGCGCGGACGGGAGCCCGACUGGAACAUGGCGACUUGCGCUGAAAUCCUGCGGAGCGAGUUCCCCGAAAUUGACGGACAGGUCUUCGACUACGUGACGGGCGUCUUGCACAGCGGCAGCGCGGACUUCGAGUCUGUGGAUGACCUGGUGGAAGCGGUGGGGGAACUGUUGCAGGAGGUGUCCGGGGACAGCAAGGAUGACGCGGGCAUCAGGGCUGUGUGCCAGCGCAUGUACAACACUCUGCGCCUGGAUGAGCCACCGACCCAGGGAAACAGCCAGGUGCUACUAGACACCCCCAUCCAGUUGUCAAAGAUAACAGAAAACUACGACUGUGGCACCAAACUUCCAGGACUGCUAAAGAGGGAACAGUCCUCGACAGUGAAUGCAAAGAAGCUAGAGAAGGCUGAGGCUCGACUGAAGGCAAAGCAGGAGAAGCGCUCAGAGAAGGACACACUCAAGACCAGCACUCCUCUGGUCUUGGAAGAGGCAUCAGCCAGCCAGGCAGGCAGCAGAAAGGAGAGUCGGUUGGAAUCAUCUGGCAAGAACAAAUCAUAUGAUGUGCGAAUUGAGAACUUUGAUGUGUCUUUUGGCGAUAGGGUACUACUGGCUGGAGCAGAUGUGAACCUGGCGUGGGGCCGCCGCUACGGGCUAGUGGGUCGAAAUGGGCUGGGGAAGACGACACUCCUGAAGAUGUUGGCCACUCGGAGCCUGCGAGUUCCAGCUCACAUUUCCCUGCUGCACGUGGAGCAGGAGGUGGCUGGAGAUGACACCCCUGCCCUACAGAGUGUGCUAGAGAGUGACACCGUGAGAGAGGACCUUCUGCAGAGGGAGCGGGAGCUCAGUGCCCAGAUUGCCACUGGCAGGGCUGAGGGCUCAGAAGCUGCACAGUUGGCGGAAAUAUAUGCCAAACUGGAGGAGAUUGAGGCUGACAAGGCACCUGCCAGGGCAUCAGUCAUUCUUGCUGGGCUUGGCUUUACCCCUAAAAUGCAGCAGCAGCCCACCCGGGAGUUCUCAGGUGGCUGGAGGAUGAGGCUGGCCCUGGCCCGGGCUCUGUUUGCUAGGCCAGAUCUUCUGCUGCUAGAUGAACCCACAAACAUGCUGGAUGUAAGGGCCAUCCUGUGGCUGGAGAAUUACCUGCAAACGUGGCCUUCUACAAUCCUCGUUGUCUCCCACGACCGCAACUUUCUGAAUGCCAUAGCCACAGACAUCAUCCACCUGCACAGCCAGCGACUAGAUGGCUACCGGGGAGACUUUGAGACCUUCAUCAAAAGCAAGCAGGAGCGGCUGCUCAACCAGCAGCGGGAAUAUGAGGCACAGCAGCAGUACCGCCAGCAUAUCCAGGUUUUCAUUGACCGAUUUCGCUACAAUGCCAACAGAGCCUCUCAAGUGCAGAGUAAACUUAAGAUGCUGGAGAAGCUACCAGAGCUGAAACCUGUGGACAAGGAGCUGGAGGUGGUGAUGAAGUUCCCUGAUGGAUUUGAGAAGUUCUCACCACCAGUUCUGCAACUAGAUGAGGUGGAUUUCUACUAUGAUCCUAAGCACGUCAUCUUCAGCCGUCUCUCCGUCUCUGCUGAUCUCGAGUCCCGCAUUUGUGUGGUUGGGGAGAAUGGGGCUGGGAAGUCGACCAUGCUGAAGCUGCUUAUGGGGGACCUGGCACCUGUUCGGGGCAUCAGACAUGCUCACAGGAAUCUGAAGAUCGGCUACUUCAGCCAGCACCACGUGGAGCAGCUGGACCUGAGUGUCAGUGCUGUGGAACUGCUGGCCCGCAAGUUUCCCGGGCGGCCUGAGGAGGAGUAUCGUCACCAGCUGGGCCGGUAUGGCGUCUCUGGAGAACUGGCCGUGCGCCCUGUUGCCAGCUUGUCUGGAGGCCAGAAGAGCCGGGUAGCCUUUGCUCAGAUGACCAUGCCCUGUCCCAACUUCUACAUUCUGGAUGAACCCACAAACCACCUGGAUAUGGAGACGAUUGAGGCUCUGGGCCGUGCUCUCAACAAUUUCAGGGGCGGUGUGAUUUUGGUGUCCCAUGAUGAGCGCUUCAUCCGGUUGGUGUGCCGGGAGUUGUGGGUGUGCGAAGGCGGCGGCGUCACCCGGGUCGAGGGGGGGUUUGACCAGUACCGCGCCCUUCUCCAGGAACAGUUCCGCCGUGAGGGCUUCCUCUAGGGCCACAGCCUGAGGACUGUGCCCAGGACGUGGACUGGUCUCUCAGACCCCUGGGCCACCAUGUAGGCAACCAUCUCCAGGCCACGGACUUCCCCCGACUUUGGGGACAGCCUUAUCUCCAAAUCUCCUUUUGACUGGAGCAUCCUCUGCACAACCCAGGGAGCCCCAUCUAAGUGUCUGUGAGGACUGGUCUUCAAGGGAAGGGGUGGGAGGUGCCCUCUGGCUAUAGAUCCCCCCACUGUCCUGGCUCUGACUGGGCCCCAAGUGGCUGCUGUGUAAAUUAAAUCUCCCCCUGCAUCUCCCUGGCCUCCUCUCUGCUGCUCCCUGGCAGGACUGUAGUACUUGUCCACUGUUAGGGGGUGUGGGCUCUGUGGUUUGGGGUUUUUGUAACACUUUUAUCAGUCAUGCAGAUGAAGCCAUGGCAGAACGAGUCUCUGGAAGGAGACGUCAUUAAAGCCACUGGGGCUCAGAGGUCACCUGCCUGACUUCAGGUGGGCCGAAGGGCAGCGUAGUACAUCACUGGGGUGCUGUUCCCCAUAGCCCAGGCUCAGCCUUAGCUGAAGGGGGCUUGGGCUCUGCUGCCUCAACCCCACUGCUUGUGGGAAUGAACUGAUGCUGUAAGCUGGUCUCCAACAUGGUUUGUCAACAGCUUAGUCCAGUGGUCUCUGACUUAGGCUCACCCUGCUUCUCUGAGCUAGACCCUCAGAUGGAGCUGAAGAGAAACCAAGAAACUAUCUUUGUCCCCAUUUUGCUUGGGUGGUUUCAUGUUCUUUAUGUUCCCUCGGGCCACAUAGGUAGGGGCCUGGGAAGUAGGGAAUUGAGAAUGGGGUCGAGUGGGAAGAAGCACUUUGUUUUCAAAUGAAGCAAUCUCGGAGAGGAGAUGUUUAACAGAGGUUGUAUGGCUUAUAAAAUUGUUUCUUGAGGACUCCGCUGCUAUAUGUAAUUGUUAGGAGCCACUAAAAUAGGAACCUUGCGUUCCUGAAAGAUAACGGAGAAACCAGAGUCCGCAGAAGGAACUGGCUGGCCUCAUGGCGAAUUGUAGUCACAGAGCUCAACCUAGGAUUCUUGGCCCCUGCGGCUAUCGUGGUGUGUAGGUAGCUGGGGGAAAGAACCUGUUUGGGAGGAGAGGAGAAUAAAGACAGGAAGGCUCUGUUAAGUACAGAGCAGGCGCUGAUGGACGCAGGAAGCUGGCCAAAGGGUCAUUCGUCAGCCAGCCUCCUCAUCCUCCCUCCCCCUCCCAUGUCUGUGGCCAUGCGCACCCUCAGAGUCCUGAGAGUCUUCUCACAGCCCCCACCAGACUCCCAACCUCAGGCCUGCAGGUGGGCCAGUUGGGGGCCAUCUGGGGUGGGCUCCGUGCCUGCCUGUUGGCCAGGCUCUCAGCCCUUUCACCCCUCAGUAACUUGUGAAUCCCUGUAGGAGUCUUCAACUCCUCAGUCAGUAGGAAUGCAGUGGAAGGGUUCUGUGACACAGAGUCUGCUUCUUUGGAGGUGGCUUUGUGUACAGAGAGCACAGGCGUUGGAGCUGGGCCUGAGAUCAAGUCCCAGCAACAUCACUAGUCAUAGAGGGAACCACCAGCAUUAGCUGUGUAACCACAGCAAAUCGCUGAACCUUUUUGAACACCUGCCUCCUUGGUUUUUCUUUAUAGGAUUGUUGUGAGGAUUAGCUGGCAAGCACAUAACACAUAAGCACUCAGAAAAUGAUUCUUGGGCUACCAGUCUAUGAUUUGAAGACUAUUAUUUGAGAAAAGAGGUAAAUUUUCUCUUGAAUGACUCCAGAGGUAGACCAGUUUGGGCUCAAAGAAAGGAAAACUUUUUAAAUAGCUCAGGCUGCUUUCUGAGAGUGAGUUCCCCAUCUCAGACUGUUCAGCCCUGCCAGGCUCUGGAGAAGGGUGCUCUUGUAAGAGGAGCACUAGAUAGCCUCCGGGUUGGCUUCCAAUUUUAUGAUUCCAUGAAAGAAACAUGAAGAGCUUUUAUAUAAGACAAUAUAAGCCUAUGCUGCAAUACUUCAGAAAGGUAGGACGAAUGAAUUGCAGGAGCUGAGAAAGACCCUAGAGUAAGUGUAAAGUGAACUUCUGAAAAUUAGGGAAGGGGAGUCAGCAGAAGAUGGUUGUCUUGAGGGAUGGAAAAUGUGGGCAAAGUCACCCAGCUCCAUCCUAGAGAGCACAGGGCAGGGAGGAGAGAGGAAGGUGACACAGAAGACUGCCUCGGAUCAUUCCAGGUAGCCCAUCAUGGCAGCCACCCCUUUCAUGCUGUGGAGACCCUAUCUAACCCCAACCAUUGGGAAGCUGAUCCUUCCACAGCUGCUGGUGCUGGAGCUGCCCUGCCCACAUGAGGUCUUUAAACCAGUCCCAAGCUGGUGGGGUUGAAAGGCCUCAGUCUGCAGGCUCUUCAUUGAAAUCCUGGCCUCCCUGCUUCUGCUGGCCUUCCCACACUCACCAAUGCCUUCUCAGACAACCUGGCCGGUUCCCAGUGGACCGGGGUGCGAUGGGUCUCUGUACCAAUCUGCAUGCCGUUCAGAGAUGCCAGUCACAGAAUUAUUUAUUCCAGUGUGAUCUGAACUGUCUUGAGAUUUGCUCGAUGUAGACAUUCUACUAAGCUCUCACUUGCUUCCAGGUAAAUUUUAGCACAGAAUAGGAGAGAAGGUGCCUUUUAUCCUGUCUGGCCAUGCCGCGGCCAGAUCUGUCAUUUUGGGACAGAACAUCCUGCUAGGAGCUCCUCCCCAGGCCUGGUUGGGCCCACCCACAGAUACAAGCCAAACAACUCCCUGCUAGUGUCAGAGCACCAGGGCUGUGCGUCAGCCUGAGCGUGCAGACUGGAUGACAGCCUCCAGGAGGUGCCAGGUGGACUGGCAGGAGGGUCAUAACCCAGCUGCAGGGCUGGGGGUGGUUUUCAAACCUGGAGCAAUGGACUCCACUUCAACCCCACACUCCUCUGGGUGGGUUUCCUGGCACUCUGUGCUGCCUCCAUGACAAGCUGCAUGUGGUUAUUGUUAAGAUCGUAGUUCCCAGGUUGCCUUGAUAUCCCUGAACGGCUUGCUCGUUUUUGCAUCUUCUGUGCAUCUUCCAAGCUCAAUUAAAAUGCUUGGUAAGUGAAUAUUUGGGGAACACUGGUGUGAGAAAAAGUAGAGAACGCUGGAGGAGGAGAGAGCAGAGGCAAGGAGACCAGCAGGGAGGCCAUGACCAAAGUCCAGCCCUAAGGACAUGGGGUCAGGACAAUGGAGGCGGAGGUGAGACCAGGGAGGGUGGUGUGCAAACUCAGCAAGAGGUUUUGAGUUCUGCCCAAAUGAGGGAGGGCUCCUUUUUCUGGGCCUGAGUCUUGAAAUAAGUGAAAUGAAAUGAAAGCUUUGCGACACUAAGGUUAAAAAGAGAUCCUUUUGAACCUCCCCUUGUUCCUUUCCACACAAUGCUAAGGAAAUACUAAUGGUUGAUAUUUAUUGGGGUCUUUUCUAACAGGUACCAUUGUAAGUGCUUUACUUGCACUAAAUCAGUCCUCACAACCCUAACAAACUGGCAGAGUUAUUAUCCCCAUUUUACAGAUAAGGAACCAGAGUUGACAGUGUAUAUCAGGGCUGGGAUUCAGGCCAGGCUAGCUCUAGACCUCAGCUCUUAAGCUGCCACUUAGCUCCUGCUGUGACAGACUGAACGGUCCGGUUCGUAAUUCCAACGCUUAAAACUCAUCGUUCAUUGCAAGGGGCAGGAGAGGGGUGAGGUUUGAACAAGCUUCUCUCAGGAGCACAAGCUGAUGAGCGGGAGUACCUGGCACAGGGGCUGACGUGCUAGGUGCUCAGUGGAUCGUUACGUGAUCUGAAAACACUGCACAGCAAAGAGUCUCACGUGGGGUCCGUUAGCCCAGCUCUACCACAGAGGGCAUCUUGGGCAAGUCAACCUCUCCUGAGUAAAUUCUCCUUAUCCAUAAAAUGGGCAUAAUGCAGGUUGUCCUGCCUGCUUCUUUGGGUAGUUGGAUGGAUUAAUUGAAACAAGGUCUUGUACAAACAAUAAAUUUUUUCAUAAACUGUAAA